CCGAGAGAGGAGGAGGAGGUGAGAAGAAAAAAAAGGCUCCCUUUUUUUAGGCGGCUCUCGCGCUGCAGUUGCAUCGAAAGGUGGCGCUUUCCGAGGCUCGCCACUCCGCUCGCUGCCCGUCGUAGACGUCGCCUUCGACCUCGCCAUCGCUGUCCUCAUCCCACGGGGCCCCGCCCUUUUCUGCUCGGUGUCCUCUUCUUCUUCUUCUUCCACCCGUUGCUGAUUGCCUCCCCUCCUCGUGCUUGCUCUCUCCUUCGUUUGUCGCCGCCAUUGCCGCCGUUCUUGGCCGCGGCGUGAGAAAUGGCUAAUCUGGGGUCAUCGUCCGGGAAGAAAUCUCUGAAUACAGUGACUUUGAUCUUCAAAUUACCGUACUACACGCAAUGGGGGCAGAGUCUUCUCGUCGCCGGAUCGGAGCCCGCACUUGGAUCUUGGAAUGUCAAGCAAGGAUUGUCUCUCAGUCCUGUUCAUCAGGGAAAUGAGCUAAUCUGGUGUGGCCGUGUUUCUGUCAUUACUGGCUUCAGCUGUCAAUACAAUUAUUAUGUAGUGGAUGACAACAAGAACGUUCUGAGAUCGGAGUCUGGGGAGAAAAGGAAAUUAGUGCUUCCAGAGGGUAUUCAGGAUGGAGACGUCGUUGAGAUACGUGACUGGUGGCAGGAUGCUUCUGAAGCUCUUUUCCUUCGAAGUGCAUUCAAGAAUGUCAUUUUCAGUGGAACUGAAAAUGCUAAGAGAGAAUUGCAGUCUACAUCCCUCAACAAAAGUUUGGAUUCUGAAGAUAUUGUUGUUCAAUUUAUUAUUAGCUGUCCCCGGCUUGGAGCUGGCUCUACGGUCGUGGUCACAGGAAGUAAUCCUCAAUUAGGAAAUUGGCGAACUCAAGAUGGCCUCAAGCUUAAAUAUGUUGGAGAUUCCAUCUGGAAAGCAAAUUGUCUGUUGCGAAAAUCUGAGUUCCCAGUAAAAUAUAAAUACUGUAAAAUUAGUGAAGCAGGAGUCUCUUCAUUGGAGUUUGGUCCAAACAGGGAGGUUGAUGUGGAUCUAUCAUCACCCAAGCCGUCCAGAUACAUCCUCUUGUCUGAUGGUGCUCUCCGGGAAUCACCAUGGAGGGGUGCAGGUGUUGCUGUACCUAUGUUCUCAAUCAGGUCAAGUGAGGACCUUGGUGUUGGAGAAUUCCUUGAUCUUAAACUUCUUGUUGACUGGGCAGUCAAUUCAGGCUUUCAUCUUGUUCAGCUUCUUCCUAUCAAUGAUACUUCAGUUCAUGGGAUGUGGUGGGAUUCAUAUCCUUACAGCUCGCUCUCUGUGUUUGCGUUGCACCCGUUAUACCUGAGAGUACAAGCGCUUUCAGAUGCAAUUCCAGGGGAUAUUAAGGACGAGAUUGCACGGGCAAAGCAGCAGUUGGACAAAAAGGACGUUGACUAUGAGGCAGCGAUGGCCACAAAGCUCUCGAUAGCAAGAAAAAUAUUCAAAUUAGAGAAAGACAAAGUACUAAAUUCCAGUUCGUUCAAGCAGUUCUUAUCUGAAAAUGAGGAGUGGUUGAAACCAUAUGCUGCAUUUUGUUUUCUACGGGACUUCUUUGAGACAUCAGACCACAGCCAGUGGGGCCGUUUUUCUCAGUUUUCUAAGGAGAAGCUUGACAAGCUUGUUUCUGAAGGUACAUUGCACCAUGACGUUAUAUGUUUUCAUUACUACAUCCAGUACCAUCUAUACAUGCAAUUGUCAGAGGCAGCUGCAUAUGCAAGGAAGAAAAAAGUUAUUCUGAAGGGAGAUUUACCUAUUGGUGUUGACAGGAAUAGUGUGGAUACUUGGGUAUACCCCACUUUAUUUCGCAUGAAUACAGCUACUGGUGCGCCUCCAGAUUAUUUUGACAAAAAUGGACAAAAUUGGGGUUUUCCUACAUAUAACUGGGAGGAGAUGUCAAAGGAUAAUUAUGGGUGGUGGAGAGCUCGGCUGACACAGAUGGCAAAAUACUUCACUGCAUAUAGGAUAGACCAUAUCUUGGGUUUUUUUAGGAUAUGGGAGCUUCCAGAUCAUGCAGCCACAGGUCUAGCUGGGAAAUUUAGACCUUCAAUUCCUCUCAGUCAGGAAGAGCUUCUUAAUGAAGGCCUAUGGGAUUUUGAUAGAAUGAGCCGCCCUUAUAUUCGUCAGGAAAUACUGGAGGAGAUAUUUGGAUCCUUUUGGACAGUAAUUGCAGCCAACUUUCUAAACGAGUACAAGAAACAAUGUUAUGAGUUCAAAGAGGACUGCAACACAGAGAAAAAGAUAAUCUCAAAGCUUAAGACCAGCUCUGAAAAAUCACUCUGGCUAGAGAAAGAAGACAAUAUUCGGCGUGGUUUGUUCGAUCUAAUACAGAAUAUAGUCCUCAUUAGAGAUCCAGAGGACAAUACGAAAUUUUAUCCCCGUUUCAACCUGGAAGAUACUUCAAGUUUUAGGGAUCUAGAUGAACAUAGCAAAAAUGUCCUCAGAAGAUUGUACUACGACUACUACUUUGCUCGCCAGGAGAAUCUCUGGCGUGAAAAUGCAUUGAAGACUCUGCCUGUGCUGUUGAACUCAUCAGAUAUGUUGGCAUGUGGAGAAGAUCUUGGCCUUAUCCCUGCCUGUGUUCACCCUGUUAUGCAAGAACUUGGAUUGAUUGGAUUGCGUAUCCAGAGAAUGCCUAGUGAAUCAAACUUGGAAUUUGGUAUUCCAUCUCAGUAUAGCUACAUGACGGUUUGUGCUCCAUCAUGUCAUGAUUGUUCCACAUUACGUGCUUGGUGGGAAGAAGAUGCAGGGAGAAGAAGCCGCUUCUACAAGACUGUAGUUGGCAGCGAUGAUGAGCCACCCUCUCGCUGCACCCCAGAAGUAGUACACUUCAUUGUUCAGCAGCAUUUUGAUGCACCGUCAAUGUGGGCAAUCUUCCCAUUGCAGGACCUGCUUGCACUUAAAGACAAGUACACCACAAGACCAGCACCAGAGGAAACAAUCAAUGAUCCAACUAACCCAAAGCAUUAUUGGAGAUUCCGGGUACAUGUGACAUUGGAGUCGCUGUUGGACGAUAAGGAUAUUCAGGCAGCCAUCAAGGACCUUGUCACAAGUAGUGGGAGGUCAUUUCCUGGCAAGAAGGUGGAAGGCGCCGAAGAAAGUGGGGAGAAGCUAGCUAAAGUCCAGUUGAAUGGUAAACCAUAGAAAAUAAUCUCAAGAACAGCUGAAAGGUAUCACGAUCACAAGUAAAUACAAUAAGGCAGCGUACUGCCAAUUGGCAUGCCAGUUCAGCUGGUGUUGUUUCAGCUAGAAAUUUUUUUACGCCAACUAAUUCCAUUUAACACUGAAAUAAUUAGUAACAUAUCAUUCAUCAAGUCGGCAUGUGAAAUAAUUUAUCACCUGUUGUUGUUUUGGUAAUAAAAUCUUUUCUUGCUA